UGUAGUAGCUACCGGUGUUGGCCAUUUGAAGCGCGACUCAUGGCCCCGGUAUCCCGCUCGUGCUAUUCUGAGGACACCCCGGGCUCUCGGAGACCGCGACGCAGCUCGUCUGGGAGCCCAUCAUCGGCGCAGGCCAGACACUCCUCUCGGGCACGCCGUUCCCCCUCUCACUCCCGCGGCCGCGAGGGCCUCAGGCCUCCGUUAAGGGGUAUGUCUGGUGUAGACAGUCCUUACCCCCUUAGUCGCUCUAGGUCUCGAGACCGGCCCCCAGGACUCCGCAACUAUGCCUUCUCGUCAUCCUCUUCAAUCUACUAUGGCGGAUACCGCUACCAUCACCACCACUAUGCGGACGACCGCCAGUGGGCGGAGAACUGUGAGAAGGAGGAGAGCUAUCGGCAGAGGAGGCUGAAGGAGAGAGAGAGGAUUGGGGAAUUGGGAGCGCCUGAAGUGUGGGGGCUGUCUCCAAAGUUUCCUGAGCCGGAUUCUGAUGAACAUACCCUAGUUGAGGAUGAAGAGGUAAAGAAUCAGAAGAACAGCAGUUCAGAUUCCAGCACUGAAGAAAAAAAGAAAAAGACCAGUCAUUCAAAAAAUAAGAAAAAAAGAAAGAAAAUGUCAUCUAAAAGAAAACAUAGAAAGUAUUCUUAUAAUAGUGACAGUCAUUCAGAUUCUGACAUUAAUUCUAGCUCUGAUGAUCAUAAAAAGAGAGCCAAAAAAGCCAAGAAGAAAGAGAAGAAAAAAAAGCACAGAGCAAAAAAUCCCAAGAAAAAGAAGACUAAAAAAGAAUCAAGUGAUUCAAGCUGUAAAGAUUCAGAAGGAGAGUUGCCAGAAGAUAUCUGGAUUGAGCAGUCAAAGAUAACAGAUACCAUGGAUUUAAUAGGUCCAGAAGCACCUAUAAUGCAUUCCUCUCAAGAUGAGAAACCUUUGAACUAUGGCCAUGCUCUGCUCCCAGGUGAAGGCGCUGCUAUGGCUGAGUAUGUAAAAGCUGGAAAGCGGAUCCCACGAAGAGGUGAAAUUGGGUUGACAAGUGAAGAGAUCGCUUCAUUUGAAUGUUCAGGUUAUGUCAUGAGUGGUAGCAGGCAUCGCAGAAUGGAGGCUGUACGACUGCGUAAAGAGAACCAGAUCUACAGUGCUGAUGAGAAGAGAGCCCUUGCAUCCUUUAAUCAAGAAGAGAGACAAAAGAGAGAAAAUAAGAUUCUAGCCAGUUUCCGAGAGAUGGUGUACAGAAAGACAAGAGGGAAAAAUGGCAAGUAAGGACUUGUUUGUUGCACAGCAGGACUUUUAGCAACAAAAGUUUUAUAUGACCAAAAUAGUAUUAAAAGACUUUAUGGUGCUACUGUAUUUACUGUUUGUAUGUCUGUCAGGAAAA